CCGUCCCCUUCCGACGUGCACCUCAUUGCCGUCCCCUCCAUCGCCGCUGCUAGACUCCUAGCCGCCGCCUCUCAACUAGUUUUCUGUUGGGUGGAUUUUCAAAAACCCCCAAUGCGCCAAACGCCAUAGCUCGCUCGAUAGUUGACAGAAUUGAGUGAUUCGACUUGCAAAAGAACGCUCUUGGUGUCAGCUACAACGUCGUAAAAUUUCGGACUGUUUCAUCGCUUGGAUUCCAUAGCAGCAGCAGCAGAAGCAGCAGCAGCACCAGAAGGAGCAGCAGACUCAGCAGCAGCAGCACCAGCAGCAGUAGCAGCAGCAGCAGCAGCAGCUGAAGGAGCAGCAGCAGCAGCAGCAGCAACAGCGGCAGCAGCAGCAGUGGCAGCAGCAGCAGCGUCAGCAGCAGCAGCAGCAACAGCAGCAGCAGCAGCAGCAGAAGGAGCAGCAGCAGCAGCAGCAGCAGCAGCAGCAGAAGGAGCAGCAGCAGCAGCAGCAGCAGCAGCAGCAGCAGCAGCAGCAGUAUCUACAGCCAUCCCCAUCCUCCCCUCCUCUUUGAGCCGCCGCGGGUCCACCCGCCGCCGCUCCCUCCCGGCCACCGCGGGUCCACCCGCCAUCGCCUUCCUCCCACUCCGUGUCACCAAUGGCAUCCUUUCCCCCUCCCGUCGACGUCUCGACCCUCGAUCAUCUCCACUCGCGCUGCCACCGCUGAAGUUGAGCAGCUCUUCCUUACUCAGCGUCGGGAGUUCCUCGUGCUCCAUACUGAUUACCUGAUCGCGUUGGAGGAACACGAGCGACUACUCUCCCCCCCAACCUUCAGAUCUACCGUCUCCUCGAAGGCCUCUCCCCUCAAUAUGAAGUGCGCGUCAUCGCCUUCACUGAGGCUCAGCCCCGCGCCUCCCUUGACACUGUGGUCCAAUGGAUCAUUGACGCUGAGGCCCGCCUUCUCUCAACCCCCCCCUCCGGCCUGAACUCCACCGCGUCCCAAAACCCCCAGCUUGCAGUCACACAGCCGCGUCGUGGCGGGCGCCCACGUGGCGGCCGCACCAACCCU